AUGGCCUUCUGUAAGCGUCGGUGGGUUAGUUGUCGGCUUCUCGAUGUUCUGGACAAGGAAUUCAAUUUUGAUGAAAUGGAUGUCAUAGUCCAGAGAAUCUCAUCUGGGCAAAUAAGAAUAAAUGGUGAUAAAGUCCCCGUGGAUUACAUUUUGCAGGACUCUGAUCUCCUGGAGCACAGUGUUCAUCGGCACGAGUUGCCCAUUCUCGACAAACCGAUAGAUGUUGUUUUUGAAGACGACAAUGUAUUGGUUGUUAACAAGCCACCUUCGAUGCCAAUUCACCCAUGUGGACAAUAUCAUCACAACUCACUUGUUAAAAUUCUUCACAACGAAAAAGGAAUGAAGAAUUUGCGCGCCAUUCAUAGAUUAGACAGAAUGACAUCAGGUCUUGUCUUGAUUGGCAAAACCUACGAAGCUGCAAUGAAAAUCUCCUCUCAAAUCAGCGAUCGGGAAGUUUCUAAAUUCUAUAUAGCCGAAGUGGAAGGUCAAUUCAAAGGACCCACGAAUUCCUCCCCAGGAGGGACAGCAAAUACGCCAACUCCAGUGGUGGUCGACCAACCGCUCGGUCGUCUGAACAGCCGAUUGGGUCUCAAUGCCGUCCUCCCUGAGAGCGAAGGUGGAAAGCCCGCAAAAACUGCUUUCGUACCGCUUCUGUGGAAGAAACCAAAAGAUGUCGAUAAUCCCGGAAGCACAGUUGUCCUCUGUCGUCUCUACACCGGUCGUACGCAUCAAGUGAGAAUUCAUCUACAGUACUUGGGGUUUCCUAUUGUUGAUGACCCACUAUACAAUUCCUACGAUUGGGGUGAGAGUAAGGGCGCCUUUGCGAAGUAUCGGGAGCCUCGGUCGGAGCUCCUUGCUGCUCUAGCGGCUUCACGAAGCAGGAGUACCUACCUCAAGACAGCUAUCACGGAUCGGGAUGCUGCAGCGCCCAAUGCGAAGAACGACGAGGACGACAAUAAUGAUGCUGAAGACGAUACAAUUAGCGAAGAGGCCUCUUUAUCACCCCCCAAAAUCUCGCGUCUCUCACCGCGCUCAGAAAUGCACCACUACAAUGAGUCGACGGUGGAUGAGGCGACACGAAACCUCCUUGAAGCUGCCUACAGGGCCGACUGUCCCGACUGCAAUCGACGCUUCCCAGAUCCUAAGCCAUCCAGCCUGGUGCUGCAUCUGCAUGCCUAUCGCUACGCUGGCUCCGAUUGGUCCUACUCUGUGCCUCCACCCGAGUGGGCCCUCGAGUCCAUUCAGUUGGACGAAUUAGAGGCUCGUAUUGCUGAACUAUUGCCUCUUCUCUAG